AUGCUCAGCGGAAUGCCUGCCGUUCCAGUGGCUUUUUCAGCGUCCAGUGUGGACUUCACUGUGACUUUGGUGGAUGACAAAGAGACGUGCAUUCACAUCAAGGGCGAGGAUGUCUCCCUCUUUGACACCGUCAACGGGAAGUGCAUUGAGCGGACGACCUUCGAUGCUGCGCCUGACAGUUGGCAGGAUUUCGUCCUGACGCAUCGCUCCGCAGCUCCUCAAGGUACCGAAUGGUCAGCAAGCUCCUCUUUGCGCGCCGAUGAGGCGACCCUGGAAUUCCAGGAGGCAGCGCUUUUGGUGGGCGCCAGUGUGACAGUGGUGGGAGAGUUGCACCGCGGAGUGGACGGCCAACUCUCCCUGAGGCCUUGGCAGGGCGACUCCGCCCGUUGGAGAGCGAAGAAGCUUCGGGAGCCUUGGCGUACCUCGUGGGAGCGCGGUGAUGAGAAGGGGCGAUCGGCGCCAGAUAUCUUGAAGCAAAAGGUCUUCAUCAGCGACGAUGAACAGCUCUUGUCCACCAAGGAUCCGGAAGUGGAGGGGAAACUACGCGAAUGCGCCAGCGGAUUGGGGAACCUCCUUGGAUGA